AAGCCCACAAAGCGGCAUCAGCCCAAAAGAUUAAAACUCACACGUCUCGUUCUUUCCCGGUUCCUAAUUUAGCUCCACUGCAAAAAUCCAUCGCACCUGGCGCGCACACACAACCCCGGUCUAGUUUCUGAUUCCGAACCAUUUUCACAAAUCAAUCAAAUCAACAUUCUACAACAGAACAGGUUUACGAAAUAACUCAUGGAACCUAGUCACACUCCCCAUGGAUCACACCACCAACACGACCACACUUGCGUGAGCUGCGGCGGGCCAACCGCCUUCCCACCACCACCAUCAUGGUCCGAGUCCUCCCCUCCGCCAGUGUACCGUCCCAUCCGUGCUCCUGCAGUCAACCUUCCUCCCAACAAUAACAUCCAACAAACCAUCAUCCUCACACCAGUUCCACAAGCCCAAAAAGUCCAAGUCGUAUCUCCACCUUACAACUUCCAAACCCCGACCAAAAUGAUCCAUUCUGAAGAUGACAUUCGCCGUUUCCGUGACUCUACCACUUCCAAAAACUUCAUUGGGUUUGUUGUUGCUCUCUCAGAAUCCGCCCGUGGUCAAAAGAUCUCUGACCCUUGUCACAUGUCACCUGUAAUCACUUCAAUCGUUUCCACCCUCCAGAUGCUAACUCAUUUUGUUGAUGAAAUCCCACCUUUUGAACAAUCUGCUCGGUAUGGGAACCUUGCUUAUCGAGACUGGCAUAGUCGUAUGACUGAAAAUGCGGAUUCCUUUAUGCUGCAAUUUCUUCCCGCUGAUCUACAUUCUGCGACAGUUGAGUUAACGCCUUAUUUCACUGACAGUUUUGGUAAUAUGAGCCGCAUAGACUAUGGAACUGGACAUGAGACCAACUUUGCUGCUUGGUUGUAUUGUCUAGCAAGAUUGGGGAUCAUUAACGAAAGUGACUAUCCAGCCAUUGUUUUAAGGGUUUUCGUGAAGUACCUUGAACUCAUGCGGAGAUUGCAGCUGGUUUAUUCCUUGGAGCCGGCAGGUUCACAUGGGGUUUGGGGGCUUGAUGACUACCAUUUUCUGCCUUUCAUUUUCGGGUCUUCACAGUUGAUAGAUCACAAGUAUAUGAAGCCUAAGUCGAUUCAUAAUGAUGACAUACUCGAGAAUUUUUCACACGAGUAUAUGUAUCUGCAGUGUAUUGCAUUUGUGAAGAAGGUUAAGACAGGUGGUUUAUUUGCAGAGCACUCCCCCUUGUUGGAUGAUAUUAGUGGCGUCCCUAACUGGAACAAGGUCAAUAGUGGACUGCUCAAGAUGUAUAAACUGGAGGUUAUGGAGAAAGUUCCGAUUAUGCAGCAUUUCCUCUUUGGUUGGCUCAUUAAGUGGGAGUAACAGGUUGAAGUUUUAGCUUUAGUUACUUAAAAGAUGAUUUUUAUUAUGUACUGCUGCCACAUUGCAUAACCUGCUGUUGUAUUUGAAUGAUGCUGAUAUUACUUACUGCAUCUUCUAUCUAUUUAGUAGCAUGUUCCUAUUGAAAAAGAGUUGUGAAGUUUUGAAAUGCAGGAAGUACAGUUUUGAUUA